UCAAACUUAACGAGAUAAGAUAAUUGAAUGUUCUGAUAAACAUUCUAGUAUGUAUUCGGUCCAGUUAUUAGACCUUUACAAUAGUAAAUAUGAAUACGAAAAUAUUUUUAUUGCUAACGGUUAUAGUGUCAAUAAAAUCCGAAUAUGUAAACUACAAAUAUCAUAAAGUCUACACAGUGACACCAACUACCGAAAAAGAAGUGCAAGCUUUGCUUGAUUUAAAAAAUAGCAAUGAUUUUGUAUUCUGGAUUGAAGGAAUCAAAGUUGGUUUGGAGAAUAGGAUCGACGUGGCUGCCGAAAAGCAAAGGCUCUUCGAGAAGUAUGUUUCUGAUGCUGGUAUCAAAGCAGAACUAAUCAUAGAGGAUGUUCAAAGUCUUAUAGAUAAUCAAGUAAAGCGAUCAAAAACAAGAAACAGCAAUGAAUAUGCUUGGGAUUAUUAUCAAAAUUUGGACGAAAUUUACGAAUGGAUGAAUAGAACAGCUGAAGCAUAUUCUUCUGUAGCUUCCAUAAUAAAUAUAGGAGCUACUGCAGAAGGUAGACCUAUAUUGGGUAUGGUUAUAGACUUCAAAAAGAGAGAGAGACCUUACUAUAGUGUCAUUGAAGGCGGGCUUCAUGCAAGGGAAUGGAUAACACCAGCUACUUGCACUUGGAUCAUUAAAGAGUUUUUAACGAGCAAUGAUCGAGGUGUACGAGCAAUGGCUGAAGAUGUAGUUUGGUAUAUAUUCCCAGUUACCAAUCCGGAUGGCUAUGUUUAUUCUUUUACUGACAACCGAAUGUGGAGAAAGAAUAGGAAUCCCGCCAUGCAGACAUCGUGUGCUCAUAUGAACAGACCAGACGAUAUGAGCGUGGGUGUCGAUUUGAAUAGAAACUUCGAUUUCCUCUGGAUGACUGUUGGUGCAUCAGGCAACCCUUGUGACAUUACGUAUGCGGGCCCAUCAGCUUUCUCUGAAGCGGAAUCUCUUGCUAUGGCCAACUUGAUAAAUGGAUUGCAAGAGCGAGGCUCUCUAUUAUACUACCUGAGCUUCCAUUCCUAUACUCAACUUCUAUUAAUACCAUACAGCCAUGUGAGAGGCAGCGAUGUUUUAGAAGCAGAUAACUAUGCUGACUUGUUUGAAAUAGGUAUCAAGGGAAUGGAUAAACUAACCGCAAGACAUAACACAACAUACCGUGUGGGAACAUCUGCCGAUAUUUUAUAUGAAGUCAGCGGGUCUGGUUUCGAUUGGGCAAAAGGUGGUGCUCAUUUUCCUUUAGUCUUCUUAUUCGAACUGCGAGACACUGGCCGGUUCGGAUUUCUUCUACCACCGGAAGAAAUAAUCCCGACUAGCGAAGAAACUAUGGACGGAAUGGUUGAAAUGGACAGAGUUGCUAGAUCCAUGGGAUAUUACAGGGGUUCAGCGCAUAGCUUCACUGCUAGUGGUUUCAUGAUUCUUUUACUAGCUGCAAUGUUACUCGCCAAAUAAAGUGAUUUUGUUUUGGAUAAUUAAGUAUUAAAAACGUUUUUGAAGUAAAGCA